AUGGAUGAUUUGAGGUCAUUGAGUUCUAAUGUUGUUCAUUCCUUACUCGGUCACUGGGUUUGGUUAAGCGUGGUGUGCCUCGCGACAUCGAUGGCAGCGCCCGCGCCACAGCCUUAUCCCCUCGCCCUGGACAUCAUAGACAUGGCAGCCAUCAGUAGAAUGAGUCCACAGCAGCUCGAGAAACUAGCGGAAGGCUUGGCUGCUGAAGAAAUUAUGAGAACAAAGCGAUCGUCAGCGCAAGCGCUCGGCACAGCUGUCGUAUCUAAGGCGUCCUCAGGACUUCUUCAGACUAAAGUCGGACUGCUGGGCCAGGCCUCCGCCGGUGCAGCCACCCUCAUAGCAUCUGCCUCCAGCAAGAAUGGACAUGAAGACCAUGGAUAUUCAUAUGAGCCGCACGACGAAAAGUAUGAUUACUGGGGACUAAAGAAAUCCAUACUUUACACGUUGUUCCAAGCAGUGAAGGCUAUCACUGGAGGGGUGACCAUCCUCAAGGGUCAGCUGAUCAAGGGGGGCGGUGCCUUAGCUGCCACCUUAGGAAAGGUUAUAUCGGGGAAAGGGGAUGUUGUUAGCAAUCUGGGCAAGAAGAUCGUCAGCUCCGCAGCCUUGAGCAAUAAGAAACCUCAUGUCUUUCUGACUCUAAUGUUUAACCAAAGUGAAUUGAAGUUCCAUUGUGUUGAUAUUCCAGCGCCCGUAUAUGGCCCCCCUCCAGCUCACGUAGAGUACGGCCCCCCGAGCGGGUACGGCGCCCCCACGGCGCCGGCGCACUACACGCACACCGCGCCCGCCGUCCCCGUCGCGCCCACAGGCUUCGCGGCGCAUAAAUACCCUUCACAUCUAGACGAGUUAAUAGUGAUGUCGUCCGUGGUCGAUGAUGUGAUCACAAACCCACCACCACCGGAACCCUCCUACGAACUUUUGCAUCGUUACUAUGAUCUCGUGAACGAGAUAUGCGGAGCAGCUGCAUCAACAUAUACCUGCCGAGGUAAACUGAACGGGCUUCACGCCGGAGUAGUGUUACUGACGCCCCUGGGCGACGCCACGCCCGACGACACGCACGCGGAGCACACACCGCUCGAGCCGCCGCCCUCGAUACUGCACACUGUAUACAGCGCCAUCAAAAAUGUCUUCACGCCCCCACCGCAGACCGACGACUAUGCCCCCAAUCAUAUAAGCCGACCUGAAGAGGAAAUAUCCGCCCACCAACCGCCCCCUCCGCCCCAACCGGUGCCACCUUUCAAACCGAUGAGCUGGGACGCCGUCAACUCCUACGGCGAACCGGCGAUGGCCGAAGCCUAUCCGGAUUACGACCCGCGCCACCCGCAUCCCCCGUUCAAUUACGCGAUGGCCAAACACUCUAGUGUCCCAGUCCGUAAACAAAAAACUGGUCUGACUGCUGAAAAAAUACAAAAAAUCAAUAACAAUCUUAAAAAAUUACAAGCGUACAUGAAUCAAAACCAAAGAUCCUCAGAAGUCUUGCCCACUUUUGUAGGCCUAGACAGAUACCAGGAGAUGCUUCAGAAAGGGCUAGUGCCCAUUUUUCCAACUCAAGUUGUUAGCGAUAAUGAAUUAGGGGUCCUCCCGGCCGACCUCCUCCCUGACCAUGACGUCACCAAUAAGUCCACCACGUCCUCCACCACGACCUCCACUACAACCUCUACCACGACAACAACAGUCGCGCCAAAGACUACGAAGACUCCGGAAGACGAAACGAAUAGAAGAAAAGACGCGAAAUACAUACUGCGCGGAAACAAGAUCGUUCAAGUUUGA